AUGUGGUUGAUCUGUUGCUGUUGGCUGUGGAUUUCCGGAUGCAUCUUUCAAGCUCACGGGGCACGCCCUGCAGGAGCUCUUGACGCAGGCGCCGAGAACAGACAGCCAAGGCAAAGCCCCCGGAGCGCCGUGCUGCAGACCGAAGCGAGGCAUGUCUCUGGAGCUCACGCAGGCCGCCGCGGAGAUGUGACUGACGAGGAAGAGGAAGAUCCCGUCAGCACCAGCGACAGUCCCGCUUCAGACUCAGAGGCCAAUGAUGAGCUGGCGCGAACGAUGAAGGCCGCCUGCACCCGCAAUCCGGGCGAUGACAUCAACUUGAAGGACAUCCGGGGAUGCGUAAAGGAGCUACAGAGCUACGCGCAAGCUACCCGACACGGCUUCGUUGAGUCCAUCGAGGCGGAAAAGAUCUUCGUGCGCGAGUAUCAGAAUGCCGCCAAGAAGCUGGCGUUCAUGGGAAACACAGAGCUGUUCUGGGAAGACAUCCAAAAGGAGCACAAGAAUGCCAAGACCUUUCUGCUCGACGUGGCCUCGCAAAGCGCCGCCGACGCCAGAGACUUGAAGGAGUUCUCUAAGUUGGCCAACAAGAACAAAACCAAGGAAUCAGGCGAUGGUGAAGAUGAAGGCGAAGCUGAAGAGCUCGAUGCAGAUGAAACUGAAGACGACGGCGACGGUGAAGAUGAAGACGAAGAUGAAGAUGAAAGCGAAGACGAAGAAGACGCUGUGGGUGGCAAAGACGGAAAGAAGACUGGAAAGAAAGACAGCUCCACGGCCGACGAAGCCAAGAAGUCGAAGGAGGCUGCGCCUAAGAGCUCGUAG